AUGACUGUUCUUAUAAUACGUCUUCUUAUAAUUAAUGUUCGUAUAUUAUGUCUUCUUAUAAUGACUGUUCUUAUAAUACGUCUUCUUAUAAUUAAUGUUCGUAUAUUAUGUCUUCUUAUAAUGACUGUUCUUAUAAUACGUCUUCUUAUAAUUAAUGUUCGUAUAUUAUGUCUUCUUAUAAUGACUGUUCUUAUAAUACGUCUUCUUAUAAUUAAUGUUCGUAUAUUAUGUCUUCUUAUAAUGACUGUUCUUAUAAUACGUCUUCUUAUAAUUAAUGUUCGUAUAUUAUGUCUUCUUAUAAUGACUGUUCUUAUAAUACGUCUUCUUAUAAUUAAUGUUCGUAUAUUAUGUCUUCUUAUAAUGACUGUUCUUAUAAUACGUCUUCUUAUAAUUAAUGUUCGUAUAUUAUGUCUUCUUAUAAUGACUGUUCUUAUAAUACGUCUUCUUAUAAUUAAUGUUCGUAUAUUAUGUCUUCUUAUAAUGACUGUUCUUAUAAUACGUCUUCUCAUAAUUAAUGUUCAUAUUUCUUCUUCUUAUAAUUGUUCUUAUAAUACGUCUUCUUAUAAUGUUCUAUUCUUAUAA